GUUUGGUCCUCAACAGCACAUUCUGGUCUUACCACGUUUGCGCUAACUCGAAUCCUACAGCAGCUGACACAUUCGGGGCACGUUGUGAGCAAAGGAAGUGACGCCUCGGCCAACCCCACCUCUUCAGAAACCCACAUACAACGUUCGCAGAGCGUGAAAGUUUAGAUACAACACAGUUGCAAACAUGCCCGAAAACAUCUGGCUUCAAUACCGCGACCGCAUCGCCGGCGUCUGGAAAUGCGUCUCAUUCGAACUUUACGAUGAUUCGGGCAAAUUACUGGCGAAACCUCAUGGUGAUGAGCCUUUAGGCCGUGUUUCGAUUUCACCCGGCGGUUACAUGUCUGCGCAUGUCUCGAAUCCCGGCCGGCGUCCCUUGCCGUCUGGUAAGGCUUGGCCUGAGGGAGGAGAUGCGGAGGUGGCGCAGAUAGCGAGGGCUUCAGGUGGGUAUUGCGGGCCUCUGGAGCUCUUUAACGAUGCGCAAACUGGGCUGUGGCUGCAAACGAUGGUGGAGAUAUCGCUGGAUCCGAGCCGUAUCGGAAAAUAUGAGAAGCGGAGGGUGGAGUUUGUGGAGGAGGGUGGCAGGGAGUUGAUGGUGCUGAGACCGUUUGGGCAUUUGCCUGUGAUGGGACUGAAGGCGAACGGUGUGCUGAAGUGGGAGAAGUUGGAGUGAUUGGUACCCAGAGCGAUGCGUACCUAGACUCCAUCACGACUGCCAGUCAUGAAGCUGGUCCUCCUGCACAGUACUCUUCCGGUUUCUGGAUGUCCUUGAACAGGCCAUAGCUUGUGUAACAUUUCGCGGGUAUC